UCCACUUUUCCAAAUAAAAAAAAAAUGUUACACUUUCAACAAUUCUUCGCCGGAAAGUCAUUUUCCGGCGAAAAAAAACUCCUCCUCGCCACAAUCAUACUCGCCGCUGCCGUGGCCGCCGCCGGCGACAGCGCCACCCUCAAAAUCUCCGCCGCACACGCCCUCGCCCGAUCCUCCUGCAGCGGCACAUUGUACCCCGAGCUCUGCUACUCAGCCAUCGCCGCCUCGAUCGACGGCGGCAAGAAGGUGGAGUCCGGCAAGGACGUCAUAUUUCUGUCGCUGAACGUGACGAUCGCCGCCGUGCAGCGCAACUACGCCGCCAUCGGGAGGCUGAUCGCCGACAAUAAGAGCAACUUCACGAAGCGGGAGAAGUUGGCGUUGAACGACUGCCUCGAGACGCUAGACGAGACGCUAGACGAGCUCAAGACUGCCGUUAAGGAGCUCAACGAGUAUCCUUUUAAGAAGUCGAUCGAGGCUCAUGUCGACGACCUCAAAACCCUACUCUCGUCCGCGAUCACCAACCAAGAGACCUGCCUAGACGGCUUCUCGUACAGCGACACAGACAAGCACGUACGAGAAGUCUUCAUCGGGGGGCAGGUCGUUCGCGUCGAGAAGCUCUGCAGCAACUCGCUCGCGAUGCUGACCAACAUGACGCGGAAGGACAUCGACGACGAGAGGAGGCUCCACGGCGGGAGGCGGCUCGCGGAGGGGGUGUGGCCGGAGUGGCUGUCGGCGGGGGAUCGGCGGCUGCUGCAGUCCUCCGCCGUGACGCCGGACGCGGUGGUGGCGGCCGACGGCACCGGAGACUACAAGACGGUGGCGGAGGCCGUCGAGGCGGCGCCGGAGAAGAGCAAGACGAGGUAUGUGAUCAGGAUCAAGGCCGGGGUUUACAAGGAGAACGUGGAGGUGCCGAAGAAGAAGACGAACAUCAUGUUCGUCGGCGAUGGGCGGACCACCACCAUCAUCACCGCCAGUAAAAACGUUGUCGAUGGAAGCACGACUUUUAAAUCCGCUACAGUUGCUGUGGUGGGAGAAAAGUUCUUGGCCCGAGACAUCACAUUCCAAAACACGGCGGGGCCCUCUAAGCACCAAGCCGUGGCGCUACGGGUCGGGUCGGAUCUAUCCGCUUUCUACAAAUGCGACAUAUUAGCCUACCAAGACACGCUCUACGUCCACUCCAAUCGUAAUUUCUUCAUAAAUUGUCUCAUAGCUGGCACGGUUGACUUUAUUUUUGGCAACGCAGCCUCUGUGUUUCAAGAUUGCGACAUCCACGCCCGCCGCCCUAAUUCAGGCCAGAAGAACAUGUUCACGGCUCAUGGCCGCACCGACCCAAACCAGAACACGGGCAUCGUGAUCCAAAAAAGUAGGAUCGGUGCGACUUCUGACUUGCAAUCCGUCCAGAAGAGCUUCCCCACGUAUCUGGGACGGCCGUGGAAGGAAUAUUCUAGGACCAUCAUCAUGCAGUCGUCCAUAACGGACGUGAUAGACCCGGUCGGGUGGCACGUGUGGAGUGGCGAUUUUGCCCUUGACACUCUGACUUAUAGAGAGUACCAAAACACUGGGGCCGGGGCAUCCACGUCGGACAGGGUUGAUUGGAAAGGGUACAAGGUGAUCACGAGCACGGCCGAGGCGGAGGGCUACACGCCGGGGGAGUUCAUCGCCGGUGGGAGUUGGUUGCCUUCAACUACUUUCCCUUAUUCACUAGGGUUGUGAUUAUUGUGAUUAUUGUGUUUGAAAUAUUAUUUGAUGAGAUUUGUUUCCAUUAUUGUGGCCCACAUAUAUUGCCCAUAACUAAAGGCUUUUUGAGUUGGAUUAAUAAUCCUAAGUGUGUAUUCACUUUUUAGUGGCGAAAUUAAGAAUAACUUGUAUCUUGUGGAUUGUCAAAAA